AUGCCGGUCUUCUCGGGGAAGCACUGCGACCUCAAGUCCAAAUCUGACAACGACGGCAGCGGGGAACCGCGGUCCUGGCCGUCAUGCUCCUGCAGCUCCAUGAUGAGUUUGCCAUCACCACCAGUGGCCGCAUCAAACGGAUCGACCACGCCGCCAGACAAGAAAUCCCCUCACUCGGAACAUUCGCCCAAUGGCAACUCGCCGGCCGCUUUCCCCUUCAGUAGUCACCAGUCUGCCAAAAUCUGUCUGAAGGCGGCGAUCAACAUUGCUCAGUCUUUUGACGACCUUCCGUAUCCCAACCCAUUUGGCCAGCUGUGCCCUGCACCAUGUUAUCUGGCACCCACUUCGACUAUUGUGUGUCCGAGGACCAUGCCCUCGUUCGCUUGUUGCGCCAUGCAGUGCGCUUACGCGUUGCUAAUGGUCAACCACAAGACCAAAGCAAUGUACCCGGAGAACGCAUUGGCCACGCCGAUGGUGGAAAGCCUUCUGAUCCGCCUACAGACGGGGUUGGCCUCCAUAUCGGCAACGUUGGAGAACUAUGCCACGGCGUUUGAGGCACUUGGCGGGAUGCGCGACCAAAUCCGGAGCGUAAUCGAACCCACCAUGAUGUUUGACACUCCGGUCUAG